AUGAAUGUAACAUUGUGGAAGUUACACUUCAGCCUUACGGCUCAGAUUAAAUUGUUAUUACUACUUCUUCUAGAUGGCAUGGUGUUGAUCGAUGAGUCAAUUAUCGUCUCAGGCAAACAGGUGUACACAACUUUAGUUGCGGCGUUUCGGUACGGUCGCGAAGAUCUGGAUGUACUAGGGCUUCAGUUUCGUAAAGAUCUAAUUUGCUGUAACUUUCAAGUCUAUCCGCCUGAUCCCGCCUGUACCUAUAAACUGACGAGGCUUCAAGAGAGGCUGAAACGCAAGUUGGGUAGCAACGCCUACCCGUUCUGGUUCAAGAUUCCCACAUUUUCACCGUCGUCUGUCACGCUGCAACCGACCCCGGGUGACACCGGAAAGCCCUGUGGGUUGGAUUACGAAUUGAAAACUUACGCUGUCGAAAAUGCUGAUGAAAAGCCAAGAAAGACGUACGCAGGUUUUUUUACUAUUGCCAUAGCGACAGUUUAG